AUGGAAGACGAAACGACGGCGUAUUGGUGCCACACGUGCUCUCAAACAGUGACUCCAGUAAGGGAAGCUGACAUCAAAUGCCCCUUUUGUCAAAGCGGUUUCCUUGAAGAGAUGCAGCAGGAGCAGGAGGAACAACAACAACGACGAUACACCAAUGUUUGGAGACCAGACAUUCCUGUCUGGGCUUCCUUGUUGAUGGAAAUGACGAACAACUCCUCCGCAAGGAACCAGACUGUUGAGAGUCCUGAGAAUGUAACUGACCACCGUGGAGGAGGAGGAGGAGACUAUAUGGAAUCUCAGCUUCAAGAGAUGCUUAGGAGAAGAGGAAGACGUCCUGUUUCCGUUGCCCAGUUGCUUCAAGGAACACGUGCUGGUUUAACACUUGCACCUGCUGCUCAGACUAACAACGCAGAUCCUGAUCAUGAUGAUGCUGAUAGAGAAAGAGGACGCGUGAUCGUCACCAAUCCCUAUAAUCAGAUUGUCGCUGUCCCAAGCUCUGCUGUUUCUGACUCUCUGCCUCCUCUUGUUCCUGGUUCUCUCAGCGAGUACUUCAUCGGUCCUGAAUUCGAAACGUUUCUCGAGAGUUUAACUGAGACUGAUCCCAGCAGGUAUGGAACACCUCCUGCUCGGAGAGAUACUGUUGAGGCUUUGGCUAGUGUCAAAAUCCAAGGGGAGGGGCUGCAGUGUUCUGUGUGUUUAGAUGAUUUUGAGGUUGGAACUUUGGGGAAACAGAUGCCUUGUAAGCACAGCUUUCAUCCUCACUGCUUGCUUCCAUGGCUUGAGCUUCAUAGCUCCUGUCCGGUUUGUAGGUGUCAGCUACCAACUGCGGAGGAGGAUGAGACAAAAACAAAUGGCAGCAAUGGAGGCGGUGGUGGGUCUGCUUCUACAAGCAGUAACCAGCGAUCUGAGAACAGCGACCCGGAGGAGGAUCCCAUGGCUGCUUAGCAGCACCUGGUUCUCAAGAUAGGAGCAGCAAUCUAUAGGCAGCAACAGAGACCACCAGGGUUCAACCUUAAGAUGUUGUUGUCUGUGCAUAAGGUUUUAGGAUUUGGUUGAAUGCUAGUUAUACCCUUUGGAAAACAAAACAACAAUCUAUCAUUUUGCGUAGUUAUAUGGUUUUGAAUACCUUUUUUUUGGAGAAUUUGGCAAGUCGCUUGAGGUUUUCCUGUUUAGUUCAGUCUUUGUUUGAUGAAAUUGGUAGUUAAUGUUCAUGGGCGAAAUAACAAAACGUCUCGGCUUAGGAAGAAUAUUGUAAUUAGUGAUCA